GGUUCGAAGGAACACAGCACCAGCGCCUGGGUUCCUCGAACCCAGGUGCUAGGUUCUUUCGAAAGAACCCAGGGCUUGGGUUCAGGGAACCAAGCGAACCCAGCACGCCCUCUGCGGCGCUUGGGGCGGUGUUCGGCUGGGAAGCACCCAUCUGGACCCCAAAAUUAUCCCUUGCAAUGUCUCUCUUGGUCUUAACGGCACGAUGCAAGAUCUCGCCGUCGAUAAAAUUGUCGAAGCUGGUAUCGGUCUUGUCCAUCCUGAUCAAGCCGGUGAUUUCUAUGACUCUAUGCAUUCCCACCUUGCCAAAUUUGGUGUUACAGGUGUUAAAGUUGAUGUCAUUCAUACCCUUGAGUAUGUUUCUGAAGAUUAUGGAGGGAGAGUUGAACUUGCAAAGGCUUAUUACGAUGGACUGUCAAGAUCCCUGGAAAAGAACUUUAAAGGAACUGGAAUCAUCUCCAGCAUGCAACAGUGUAAUUACUUUUUCUUCCUUGGAACAAAACAGAUAUCAAUGGGACGAGUAGGUGAUGAUUUAUGGUUCCAAGAUCCAAAUGGGGAUCCCAUGGGAGUGUAUUGGCUACAGGGGGACAUGUUCCAAUCCGACCAUUGCUGUGCCAAGUUCCACGCCGGAUCACAUGCCAUCUGUGGCGGCCCUGUCUACCUGAGUGACUCACUCGGCGGCCAUGACUUCAAACUCAUUAAGAAGCUUGUGUUCCCGGAUGGUACCAUUCCCAAAUGCCAACGUUUCGCCCUCCCCACCAGAGAUUGUCUUUUCGUCAAUCCUCUGUUUGACAAAAAGUCCCUCCUCAAAUUUUGGAACUUCAAUAAGCAUGGAGGUGUAGUUGGAGCAUUCAACUGCCAAGGAGCAGGGUGGGAUCCAAAGGAGCAGAGGAUCUUGGGUCGUCCGAAGUGCUGGGUUCGAAGGAACCCAGGCUUGGGUUCCUCAAACCUAGGCGUGCUGGGUUCCUCGAACCCAGGCGUGCUGGGUUCGCCUGGUUCCCUGAACCCAGGCGCUGGUGCUGUGUUCCUUCGAACCCAAUAGGGAGGGGAAGGAGAAAAGGAAAGAGAAGGAGAAAAAAAAAAAGGAAAGGAAAGAAAAAAGAAAAAAAGAAAUUUUUAUUUAUUAAAUGAAAGAUUUUUUU